UGAAAUUUUGGGCUUGUGCGGACAUGUGUUAACAUCCUGUUAAAACACCAAAGGAUGCAACUGUUUAGACUUUUAUAAGAGAAGUGACAGAUACACUUUCUCUGUGAAUACUGGAAGAAGAGAGAAGCUUUAACGUGUCUCUGUCCGCAGCUUAACAGGAGAAAUGGAUGAGCCGUCUCAUCAGCAUUCCAUUCUCCCAGCUAUCUUGCUGGUUUUGGUAUUAGCUUUAGUAAACGUUGCCUGGUGGGCAACUAUGAUUGCUGCCAUUGUUGUCGGAGGAAUAAAUCUGAGCAACUGUCCUCUUCAGCCAUACAUCCCCAUCUACCUGAUCGUGUUUGGAGUGAGCAGCAUCCUCUCGCUGUCUUUGAGCUCCAGCAAGAGCCAGGGGGAAAGCAGCAAUGGAUCCACAUGCUUGAUGACCCUUCUGCACAUCUUCAAUCUCUGCUGGAUUAUUGCAGGUAGCUGCUGGAUCUAUCCCAUUUAUCCUCCCAAGUACGAUUCUGGAGUAGAUCUGUACUGCCACAGGGAAACCUACCUGUUUGCCUUUGGUGUCACCACCCUGGUGUGGGUCGCUUUAGCAAUCAUAAUUGUCUGCAGUUGUUGCUGUGUUGUGCUGGCCUGCUGUGGAACUGCAUUUGCAAGUAGCAGACUGAUACCCAGCCGUUACUCUUUCCAUGGUGCAACAACACAAGGUUCUGUGGGGGACGUGUGAUUUUAAAUGUGUUUGUCUCUCAAAAUGUGUAAGGUAUUCACCUUACAGAGUCUGACUGGAAUUAAGUUUAUUGAUUCUGCUCAUUUUGAUUGUGAAUUCUAUUGAUGUACUGUUACUUUUGUCAGUUAUAGCUUAUAGCACAGCAUACAUAAAGACAGUGUUACUAAAAAUGUCCUGUUAAAAUUUAAAGAAACGUGCCUUACAUAACUUGAAUAUUAUGUGGCUGUUAUUUUUGCAACAUUUAUUAAUGACUUGGUUUGUUUGUAUCUUGUUUGUUAAUCAGUUUGGACCAGUGGCUUUGUCUAAGAUCAAGAUCUGUCUUAGAUCUGCAAACCGUCAAAACGCAACUGCAAUGUCACACCAUGUGCUUCCUGUUUUUUUUUUUCUAUCAAAAUCAGUCAGCUGGUUUUUGCUGUGAUACUUUUGAAGAUAAUGUAAUGGCAGCUAAAACUUGAAUAUUGACACGUGAAUAAAGCAAAUCAGGCUACGG